AUGUCCAGCGUGGUGUUCAUAGUCAUGUUUGUGUCUUUUCACUGCUGUUUAUCAGGCUUUACGUUGGAAACCAGAAUGCUGACAUAUGAUGAGUUCUAUUAUGAGUAUGUGCCUGAUCGCCUGCAGUGGAGCAGUGCAGGGGAACUAUGUAACCAGCGCUCUGGGGCCUUAGCCACAGUUGCCAACUCAGCAGAGAACCAAAACCUAAACAGGUUUUUAAAGUCGAUAAAAAUCUCUCAACCUGUGUGGAUUGACAAGAAAGUCAUGACAUAUCUGACAAGUUCUUCCAGCACUGAUUCAGCACUGAUUCUGGAAUUCAGAGGGCGCUCAGACAGGAAGCAUGCCAGUCUCCUGCACAAGUUCUCCCCCAUGGGCUCAGUGACCGUUUGCACCCGUCUCCGCUUCGAUCCCAACUGCUUUGGAAUUUCCACCAUCUUCUCUUAUUCCAUCCAGUCAUAUAUUAAUGAGUUCCAGCUUCGUGCAAACCUGAUCCAGGGCAAGCCUGUGCAGCUGGCUCUGCUGGUCCAUGGCAUUCAUGGGCCCUACCAAGAAGCGUUUGACCAUGAUGACUUCUGGCACUCUGUGUGCGUUUCUUGGAGCCAGAAUGGUGGACACUGGGCAAUAUAUGCUGAUGGCCUUGGAUAUUCUAGAGGCGACGGCCUAAACAGUUCUGACAGCAUUGGUCCUGAUGGCGUUUUCAUUAUUGGGCAGGAGCAGGACACCUUUGGGGGCUCAUUUAAAAAGGAUGAGUCAUUCUCGGGGAACAUCACAGAGUUACACAUUUGGGACCGGGUACUGAAUAGCAAUGAAAUCUCCACCAUGGAAAAUGAGUGCACGCUCAUUUCCUCUGGGCUGGUGUUCCAGUGGAGUGAAGAAGCCAUGAAAAUAGAGUCCUCCGUUACAAAGCUGUGGAGCGACAUCCCAUGUCAAGGUAACUUCACUGAUUUAGCAAAUCCGCUCCUGACUUCACUCAAGGAUGGAAAUUCGGAUGGAAAUUAUUCACAGAAUCAAACAUUCUCCUUUGAGGUGUUCCACAGCGUUCAGUCUGAAGAGAAUUGUGGCAUAUUUGAUCCCAUUAUUGAAAAUUUGAGUCUAACCAACUGUGACUCAUACAGAGGGUCUGUGUGCCAGUUUAAAAAAGACGUGGUGGAUGUUUUCAGUUUACCAAAUACACCGUUCUUCAAUAGACUGAGCAAGGAUCCUGCGAAUAAAGCUUUGAUGGAGGAGCUGAGCAUCAACACCUCCUGGGAGAAAGAUUUGACUUUGCUGAAUCAGCUGGCCCAGGCUGUCCUGCGUACUGUGGAAGCUGGUGGCCAGGACUCCCUCACCUCUGCUGAUGUCCUCUACCUCUCCGAGAGGAUUGACAUGGCAUCAGUGGCUAGUACUCGCUCUGCUCGACCUGAUGCAGCAGAGGUCGUGGUUUCCAUUGCUACAAACUUCGUGAGGGCAGCAAGUUUGACACUGGCGCCCAGUAUUGCGACAAAGAGGAUGGCCCGGACAGACGAUGGGGUGAGGGCGGCCUUUAAAAUUGUCAAGGAAAUUGACAGUUUGUUUGAAAUGGUGGCUGACUUUGCAACUUUGUUUGGUCAUACAAGAGGCAUCGUUGUUUCUACGGAGAAAAUUGUUAUUUGCAUGAAAUGGCUGCGACUGUCAAAAGAGAACUGUAGUCAAGUCUUCAGUCCAUCUGAGGCCAUCUCCCACGCCAUGAACAUCAGUGUUCAGGAUGGGAUAGUCAUCUCUGAUACUGAACUUCAGAGGAUACGUUCACUUGGAUAUGAGGAAGUGGUGCUCAUUCAUACCCACUAUAGCGAUCUAAAUCUCUCGUAUCUAAGCCCUCUUCAAUCUGGAACACAGGAACCUCCAGUGAGUCAGCCAGACUCAGCUGAAAGCAUUCUCCCAGGUCACCUGUCUUCUGCUGUCAUAUCAGCUACGAUUCGAGAUUCCCUGAAGCGCCAAAACAUCCCUGCGGCCGUCCAGUACACCCUCUCUUCAUCAGAUGUGGUGGAGAAUUCAAAGCGACUUCCUCCUGUUUGUGCCUUUUGGAAUUUCAGCCUGAUGCACAAUCGUACCAAUUGCUGGUCCAAUGUCGGAUGCAGGGUGACCCAUGCGGACUCUGGUGUCACUUCCUGUCUAUGUAACCACACCACCAAUUUUGCAGUGUUGAUGAAUUACCUGGAGUCGAAGUGGAGUCCCGAGGAAGAGCUUAUUUUAACCAAGCUGACAUUCAUUGGCUCUGGUGCGUCUCUGUGUGCACUGGUGGUGACCUUGAUGCUGUUCACUGUGCUGGAUAUCCCAAAAUCUGACAGGACGUCCAUUCAUAAGAACCUAUUCAUUGCUCUGAUCUGUGCCCAGGUGAUUCUGCUCUGCAGCAGCUCAGCCAUUCACAACAAGGUGGCGUGUACACUUGUGGCAGCGCUGCUUCAUCUCUUCUUCAUGGCAGCAUUUAGCUGGAUGCUGGUGGAGGGUCUGCUGCUCUGGAGCAAGGUGGUCGCAGUCAACCUAAGCGAGGAUCGACAUAUGAAAUAUUACUAUCUCAUUGGCUGGGGUCUGCCGGUGCUGAUAGUCACCAUUACACUGGCAUCGGCCUCGGGCAAAUACUCAGCCGACGGCUACUGUUGGCUCAGUGUCCAGAAUGGUGUUAUCUGGGGCUUUGCUGGACCCGUCAUCUUCAUCAUCAUGGUAAAUAUCAUGAUCCUAUCGAGAGUAGUGCUCAUAUCCAUCUCCACAGCUAAGAGAAGGUCCAUCAUGUUGGCCAUGGGCACCAGUCCUGUGGAACAAGCCUAUGAGCAAAUCAGGGCUGCAGUUAAAGCAGUGCUGGUGUUGCUGCCCAUUCUUGGAUUAACAUGGCUGUGCGGCGUCCUGGUGCCUUUUUCCAUUGUCAUGGCCUACAUCUUCAUCCUUCUCAACUCACUACAGGGCCUUUUCAUCUUCCUGAUAUAUGGGGUGUACAACACAGAGGUUCGCAGCACAGUCAACAGGAUCAAGGAGAGGAGAAAAGCGCUUAAUUUUUCAAACUGUGCCAGUUCUCGACCGUCCAGCUCCGUUACCAGCUCUCAUCCCGUCAGUUUCCCUACUGGAUCCAGCCCAAGUCAGGAGGAGGAGACUACCCAGACCUACAUACCAGAAACUGGGAAGGAAGAAGAGAGUAGCACAGGAUCCUCCUCCCUCUGAAGUGGAUGCCUUGCC